CAAAAUGUCAACUUUACAAGAGAGACGUUUAAAGUGAAAAAUAAGAUAAAAUUUAUAGCAAAAAAAAAAAAAAGAUUUUGUAAGUUUAUAAAAGAUAAAGAAAUAAUAAUUUUGUUUUCUAAAAGAAAUUAGCCAAAAAUCGACUUAGCCCAGGCUAAUUGCAGCUGCCGAUUAAUAAUGUAUGUGAACUGUUCAGUUAAACGUAAUUGUUUAAUUACAUUUACGACACACAACAGAGAAUAGCGUGAAAAGUAUUUAAAAUAUGAUUGGAGUGAAUUGUGCUUGCGUUCUAAUAGGUGCUCUUUUACUGCCAAAUAUUGUAACUGGCGAAAAACCGUUAUUAAAAACGAGGCUGGGGUUAAUACAAGGCCUGGAAGCUGACGAUGGAGAUUAUUAUAUGUUUCUAGGCAUUCCUUAUGCGAAGAUUAAUGAAUCGAAUCUCUUUGGUGAAUCUCUCCCGCAUCCACCGUUCGAUACAAUAUUUGAAGCCAACGACGAUAGCAUAAUGUGUCCACAAAGAGAAGAAUUUAACCAAACAAUUCAAGGAACUAUCAAUUGUCUAACUUUAAACAUAUACGUGCCUAAAACAGCAAACUCUACAAAUAAGCUGCCAGUGCUACUUUAUGUUUAUGGAGGAAAUUAUAUAGUGGGGUUCAAUGGCAGAUAUAUGUACGGGCCGAAGUAUCUAGUGAGGCAUGAUAUAAUUAUAGUUGUGUUUAAUUAUCGUCUUGGUCCUUACGGCUUCUUGUGCCUUGACAUACCGGAAGUUCCUGGAAACCAAGGAUACAAGGAUCAAAAGAACGCAUUAAGAUGGGUCUAUAACUACAUUGAAGAAUUUGGAGGCGAUCGAAAUAAAAUCACUUUAGACGGUCACAGUUUUGGAGCAAUUAGCGUUGAUCUGCUUCUGCAUUCAAUGAAUGAAAACGAAAAAUUAUUCGAUAAAGUUAUACUACAAAGUGAAGGUUCUUUAUCUCCGUAUGCAAAAUUACAACGGUUACACGAAAAAAGUGUGUUAAAAAUGGCACGACACUUGGGCACUAACACUAAUGACGUCCGACAAGCGAUAACAUUUCUUUCUUCUGUGAAUUCAAGUUUAGUAAUAGAAGCAUCGCUUAAAGUAUCUAUUGUAUACAGCGAUUGCAUAGAAAAGACGUUUAAUAACGCAUUUAAAUCAAUGUCAAACUCUGACUGGAACAUAAAAGUGCCUGGAGCGAAAAAUGUAUCCUUUAUGAUAGGAAACACUGAAAAUGAAUUGAUUCACGUCUACGGACUCGAUAUUCCAGAAAUUUCCAGAGACUUAGAUCAAAUAUUGCGUUCAUCUAAAUAUUCACCGUUAACAGCGAUCGACACUUAUGAAAUUGCAAAAAUAAUUCACGGUUUAUCUAAAAUGAACGGAAUGUAUAAUAGGAAAAUCAGAAAUAAAUUGAGCCAAUAUGUGGGAAAAAUGACAUAUUUACGCAUUUCAAAAUUAAAUAUGUUAAAAUACUUGAGGGGUGGAGCCAGAAAUGUUUUUAAUUACAUGUUCUCGUAUGAAGGGCAAAGGAAUUUUUUGACAAACAAAUUAAACCUUACAUUGAACGAAGGUGCCACACACGCAGACGAAAUUUCUUAUUUAUUUGAUUUAUUUUAUAUGGUAGAACCGUCUCAAGGUGACAGAUUGAUUAUCGACCGCAUGACUACAUUGUGGGCUAAUUUUGUGAAAUAUGGAAAUCCAACUCCUGUCACGACGGAUCUGUUGCCAGUAAAAUGGCUCCCUUACACGAAAGAGAAGCAGAACUUUCUGGACAUAGAUACAAAUAUGAGUUUAAAGUCGUGGGCAUCAAAGGAGUUAAUACCUUUUUGGAAUUUAUUUUACAAAUAUGGCAGAUAACAAUUACCGCGUAGACUUAUCCAAGGUUAAGGUCAGAGGCCCCUAUGCCGUCUUCGGGGGCAUUUCCGUCCACGGGGGCAUGUUCGUCUACAGGUGCAUAUCCAUCGACGGGGACAUAUCCGUCUUUUUGCAAUUACAAGCUUUCUAUUCGAAGGUAGAAGUAAGAGAGUCAAAAAUUUUCUUACUUCAUCUAUACGGCUACUAAAACUGCCCUUUGAUUCGCCCCUAUAAACGGAAUAGGGCUCUCUGACCUUACAAAUUAUUUUAAAUAAAAUAUGUAAGGUAACUUUAUUUUUUCUGUCCUUAUAGCCUUAUACCACUUUAAUUUGGGGUUGGGUCCACAAGUUACAAGAUUUUCUGCAUUGUACCGAUUUUGUAAAUACAACUUUUGUUACUCU